UGGUGUCAAAACCCGAUGUAAACAAACUUGUAAACAUCGUAGUUAAAUAACACUAUUCUACAUCGUAAUUCUUAUAAUGAACCGCGGUAAAAAAGUGUCCUUUUUCCUCACCGAAACUGGUCGGCAGGUUGUAUUUUACGGUGCAACAACUGUUGCCAUUGGACUGUUCGCUGGCCACUACUUUCCACACUCGAUAUGCAUUUCUUACUACAAGGAGUUUGUACAAGCGUACAAAAAUGGAGAAGAAAAGAAACUUUCAGAAAAGCUAGAACAGCGCUACAAGCGAGCCUUGAAUCUGUUGGAUUUGACGGAUUUUGAAAAGAAGUUUGCCCAACCGUUCGUCGUGUACGGAUUCGAUGUGUUCAAUGCGGGUUCGUUUAAAACACGGUACGGAGCGUACGUUGGCAUACCGUCGAACUUUGAGUACGAUAGUGCGGCGGCAAUCGAUCGUACUGAUAUUAAGAUACGUAAUCAACCGAUUGACUGGAACACGGAACCGGGCAAACUGCUCGAGGAUGCUCUCGUGCUGAGUGAGGACGAGCAGGUGUUUGGUAUUGCGCGCGAGCUGCUUACAAUGAAGACGCACAAAACGCUGAUACAAUCGAUUAUUCCUACCGUUUCGUGGAUGUUUACGUACAGCUUAGCUUCGCAGGUGAACGAGCGGUGUAAUUUCUACGUCCGACCUCGGUCGCUACGAAUGAUGUUGUACACGAUCUGCGGUCUGUUUGGAUUUGGCAUUUAUUCGUUCUCGACCGAUAUGACUGAAAUUUACUACGAAACCAAAGUUGACAAACAAAUGGCAACGCUCGGACCGGAUGUGGUUGAUGCUGGGGCAAGAUUUUACGAUAAGGUGCUGAAGAAAAAUGUAGCCAUUCGCAAGCUGACGGGGGAGGAUUACUACACGGCAAAGGGUAACGUGAAUUACCUAAUCCGACAGAAGGCCGCUCCAUUGACGUUGCGAAAAGAAUUUUUCCAAACCGGUUACAAGGAUUUCGUGGGCACAGAGGAAACGACGAGCUAGAUCUCGAAAAAGGGUGCAUCAAAUACUGUUACUUAGCAUGAAAUAAAUGGAGUAGUACAGCUGUA